AUGCUCAGGUUUAUCCUAGCCGUUGCCCUCUGCGGCGCGAUCUACGCCACCCUCACCUGCGACAAGCCGACGGGCCCCUGCGAGCUGGGAUGCGACCAGGAUGCCGUGUGCUUCGACAAUGUCAGCUGCUGCAACUUCCAUGAUGUGCACUCCGAUGGGACGACGCUGUACCCCACCGACAAGCCGGUCACCGCCUCGUGCCAGGACAAGGUCAACCCGCAAACCGGCGUGUCGGAUUGCCCGAAAAUGGCCAACUACUGCAACAAUCCGGCCUACAAAGACGUGAUGGCUGACCAAUGCCCGAAGACGUGCGGUCUGUGUGGGGCUGGCACAACACUACAACCUGGACAAUGCGUUGACAAGAUCAACCCGCUGACCGGCUACUCGGACUGCCCGCGUAUGGCAAACUACUGUAAUAACCCGGACUACUACGAACUGAUGACCGAGCAGUGCCCGAAGACCUCCGUGAACCAGACCGAGAAGAACGAUGCUGCAGAAUCGAAGGGCAAGUCGCAGAAAGCCGUCAAACAUCGACAGCGCAUGUCGGCGGAGACGGGCGGAGAUGACGAGACGCAACACCAUGGGCCAAGCCAGCGAGCGUCGGGACGCAGUGGCAAGAGAACCGCCGGCUCCUGCGAACAGCAAAAGCGGGCCCCGCCGCCCAAGCUUGCCCCCGAAGUCGUUGCAGCCCUCGACAAGUUUGUCCAGCAUAUGGAGAAGCUUGGACCGACGGGGAUGCUGGAGGAAUUCGACGCCAACAAGGCCUACCUGCCAUCCGACGUGAAAUGUGAAGUCGCCAACAAAUAUCCGGAGAAGAACAGAUUCAAGGACGUGCUUUGUCUCGACUCGACACGUGUCGUUCUCCGAAAUGACUAUGGCAAUUACACAUCGGCUGACGGCGAUUAUAUCCACGCAAACUGGGUGAUGGCCGACGAUCUGGAGCGGAAAUACAUCGCCACUCAAGGGCCACUGCCAGGCACUAUCGAAGACUUUUGGAGGAUGACGUUUCAGGAGAAUGCCACCAGCAUCAUCUGUCUGGGCCUAGCUGCCGAAGCGAACGGCAGUGGCUUCAACGAGUACUGGCCAGCGAAAGUGGCCGACUUCAAGAACUACGGCAAAAUGUUCGUCAACAACAAGAAGGUCGAAACCGACCCGAAAUCGAAGGGCCUGACCAUCUACACGCUAGAAGUGCUGCCCGAUGGGUGCUCGAACUCGAACGUCAUCAAGCUGAUCCACUGCCCAGGAUGGGCCGAUCAGAGCGCCGCCUCUUCCGGUCACUCCGCCAUUAGCAUUUUGCGGUUGAUGAAGGAAAGCGGCUCGGGAACUACGGUAGUCCACUGUUCAGCCGGAAUCGGUCGUACUGGCACUCUCAUCGCCAUCGACAUGAUCGCCACGCGGCUCUUGAAGGGCAAAGAGGUCAUGACGCUCGACGUCUUCAAGGAGGUGCGGAAUUGCCGUGCCGGUGCCGUCCAGACUGCGCCGCAGUAUCUGUUCAUCUACAGCACCGUGCUCGACUACAUCAAGGCAAAAUCGGGUGAUAAGCAUGCCGCGUUCCGCCAGAAGUUCUACAAGCUGCUCCAAAAACUUGCU